AUGAAGUCGUUCCCCUUACAGCACAAGAUGAUGCAACGACUGAAGUUGCCCUACAUUCAAGUCGGCACCUGCGAAGUCAUGAACCUCGCCAGCUCCUACAACAUGGACUCCUUCAAUGUUUUCAAUGGCAAGAACAGGGGCUUGUACCAGUCGACGGCAGCAGGCGCUACCCCACGCGCGUCGACGACUCCAACCGACGGCCCCGCGACGUGGUCGCUUUCACAGCGUCAAGACCCCUUCCUGGGGGAGAUGGUGGCAGGUGGGCUGCUAGACAGCUACACGGGUCGACAGGCAUCUACGUUUGUGAGCACCUACCUUGCCAAGGCACUGAGCAUGCACACUGUUUUGCCAUCGGAACUACGCUCCCUGCGCAAGGAAGACCCUACUAAUCCCCUCCUUGCUGUCAUGAUGGCUGCCUUGGCCCGGCGACGCGGUAUGCACACGGCAUCAGGGAGUCUCGUGACGGAGUGGGAGCUUCAGCAGUACGCUAUCAGCGCUGACGCGGCUUUUUUCCGUAUGUGUAAGGAUGGUGGACGCCCUCCAUACCCCUCCUCGGCUCAGGAACAAAGAGACAGAGAUGCAGGCGCAGAGAGUCACCGUCCAUCGCCGCUGCCUCCAGAGGAAAGUGGCUGUCGCGGUGUGUGGUUCUCGGCGACCGUAACCCCAACCUGGCUGGCGGAGCAGCAGCGGCGCGCGCUGACAGAGCACAAGCAGCGGCUAGCCCCGUCUCCGCAGCGAACACUCGCGGGUGCAGAGGCGGCCGAGGAGCGUGAGAUACGGGAGCUGCUGGCUAAUGCACCGUUUUGUCUCGAUAUCGCUGUCAGUUGCUUGGGCAAUUCACGUGCCUUCGGCGUUGCCCGAAACGCGCUGACUGGCGGUAUGCAGAGUCGACUCGACGCAUCGCGAGAGCGAACGGUCCCGCUGAGCAUUGACCACAACCCGCUUCGCACCUCGGAGUACCGGCGUGUCGUGCAGGCAGGUGGCAUAGUCGACUCGACCGUCGGGGACAUGAUUGACGGCAAUCCGUACUACAACGUCGCCCGGAGCUUUGGCCACUGGUCCAUGAAGAAGGACGGACGCCGCUCGCCGGUGGAGCAAAAGAUGAUCGCUCUGCCCACGGUCAAGACGUGGCGUAUGCUAGCCGGGGAUGCACUCGUGCUGUGUAACCAUGCCGUCUUUGAGACUAGGCAUCAGGAUGACAGCAGCAUGGAUGAGUUGGCAAAGGUGGUGGGCCGAGGGCUCUCGCUUGACUUACCACCGGAGGCGAUCGCCGCCUCUCUCUGUGACUUUGCCAUUCGCUUUGGGGCCGAGCACUCCCUGCAGGUGAUGGUGGCCGUGGCGGGCUCGGCGGCCGGCACCGCAGCAAGCGGGGAUGAUUCUGGAAUGUCAGCGCCGGAGUUCGCCGAGUGGGUGGACCCGGGGCCGCUCUACGUUGGUGCGUGCCAGCGGUUUCCUGAGCUGCGCCGAAGGCUGCAGCAGGACUGUGCCCGGUGUGAGAUUACACUAGCCUCACUGAUCCGCCGCCGCUGGGAGCGUGUGCGCGAUCUGCUUCCGACUCGCCACUCCCUGUCGCUGCUGCCCUACUACGGAAAAGAGUGCGGUGCGUUGCAGCAAAUUAUGGAGGAGGAGGCCAUUUUUUUUGAGCACGAAAUCUUGCGUGACGUCACUGACGUGAGUGACCCACGUCUCGAUGUGGUAUUCCAAAAACUGGCGAAGCGGCUGCAACCGAGCGCGCCUGUUGCGUGA